AAGAAAAAAGAAACCGAAAAGAAAAAAAAAAAUGGCUGCCACUGAAACUGCAGUUUCAAGAAGCAUGCCGGAAAUCUUCUCCACUUACCUUAAUUCUCUGUCACAGACGCCAAAAAAGCUGAAGAAGAGAGCGCUGGCGACAUGGACGCCCGACCAGGAGCUGAACAAGGUGAGACUGAGGUCUGGUGCAGACAUGAAGAGGAAGCUGACAUGGUACGAUUUGGUCGCUCUCGGCGUCGGAGGAAUGCUCGGUGUCGGAGUUUUCGUGACCACCGGCCCCGUUGCUCGCAAAACCGCCGGCCCUUCUGUCUUCAUUUCCUACAUCGUCGCUGGCCUGUCGGCCCUCCUCUCCUCCUUGUGCUACACUGAGUUCUCCGUUGAGGUCCCGGUUGCCGGCGGCGCUUUCAGUUAUCUCCGCAUAACCUUUGGAGAGUUUGUAGGGUACUUUGCAGGAGCAAACAUACUGAUGGAUUAUGUGCUGUCAAAUGCUGCUGUUUCAAGAAGCUUCACUGAGUAUUUAUCCUAUGCAUUGGGGGAAGGCAACCCAGAUUGUUGGAGGGUUAAAGUGGAUGGAUUAAUGGAAGGUUACAACAUGUUGGACUUCCCAGCUGUUGCAUUGAUCAUUCUUCUCACUAUUGUCUUGUGCCACAGCACUAAGGAGAGCUCAUUGUUGAACCUUGUGAUGACAAUCUUCCAUGUGGUUUUCUUUGGGUUCAUAAUAAUUGCUGGUUUCUACAAAGGAAGUUCAGACAACUUGGUGAAAUCUGGUGGAGGGUUGGCUCCUUUUGGUGUGAGAGGGGUUCUUGAUGGAGCAGCCAUAGUUUAUUUCAGCUAUAUUGGGUAUGAUUCAGUGUCAACCAUGGCUGAAGAAAUCACAAACCCUUCCAAGAGCUUACCAGUGGGGAUUGUUGGCUCAGUCCUCAUUGUUUCUGCCCUUUACUGCCUCAUGGCUCUUUCUCUCUGCCUUCUCCUUCCUUAUAAUCUCAUUCCUGAAGAGGGAUCAUUUUCAGCAGCCUUCAAAAUGAUGGGGUGGAAAUGGGCAAGCAAUGUAGUAGGGGUUGGUGCAAGUUUAGGGAUUGUGGCUUCUCUCUUGGUUGCCAUGCUUGGGCAAGCUAGGUAUCUUUGUGUGGUUGGAAGGGCUAGGCUUGUGCCUUCUUGGCUAGCCAAAGUGCAUCCUUCAACAGGCACACCAUUGAAUGCAACUAUCUUCUUGGGGAUUUGCCAAGCAUCCGUUGCACUAUUCACGGAGCUAAAGAUAGUAAUAGAGAUCAUCUCCAUCGGAACCCUCGUCGUCUUCUACUUAGUAGCCGCCGCCCUCAUCUACCGCCGCUACGCCAUAAUCAACGGCAACCCACCCUUCCAAGUUCUCCUCUUUCUCUUCCUGGUUUCCAGCAGCUCCCUGGGAUUCUCCCUCUCAUGGAAGCUCAAUCUGCAAUGGUGGAACCUGCCAUUAUUCGGCUUCUUGACGCUGUCCUUCACCGCCCUUUUCCACCGCUUGGUCCCCUGCGUGCGGCGGCCGGAGAGCUGGUCGGUGCCGCUCAUGCCGUGGCCGGCGGCGCUGUCCAUCUUCUUGAAUGUGUUCUUGAUGACAACUUUAAAUGUGAAGGCAUAUAAGAGGUUUGGAAUUUGGACAGGUCUGAUGAGUUUGUUUUAUGUGGUGUAUGGUGUCCACUCAACAUAUAAAGUUGAAGAAAUGGAGGUGAUGGUAGAUAAUAAUAAUAAUCAUGUGAACAACAACAACUCUACCACUCAACCAAUCAAACUUGAAAUUCAAGUUCUUAAAGAGUAAAGACCCAUAGAUCGAGAGUUUGUCAAGUCGGUAAAACUAUUCUCAAUCGUAACAGAACGCUACAAAUUCAAUUAUUAUCGAUCUAACACUCUUUUGAUCGAGCCCGAACAGAAUUUACCUGCAGGUGUAUAUCUGUAAGAACUCAAUAGACUUUCAUGCAUGAUUAGGUCGUAAGUUUGUAACCCAAGAAACUCUCAAGUAAUAUAAUGCACUUGAGGGUGUUUUAAUCUUCUUUACAUAAACAUGUUAUCAUCAUUGUAGUCAUCAUCAAAUUGUAAAUAUUGUUAUAUAUAUUUUGAAUAUAACUAAUUA